AUGUCCUGCCAGCAGAACCAGAAGCAGUGCCAGCCCCCUCCCAAGUGCCCCUCCCCCAAGUGCCCUCCCAAGAGCCCAGCACAGUGUGUGCCCGCCGCCUCCUCCUGCUGCGCUCCCAGCUCCAGGGGCUGCGGCGGGCUCGGCUCCUCCCAGGGCGGCUGCUGCCUGAGGCCCCGCAGCCCCCGCAGGUCCCACAGAUGCCACCGCCAGCGUUCCAGGUCCUGUGACCGCGGCAGUGGACAGCAGUCGGGGGGUCCUGGCUGUGGCCACAGCUGUGGGGGCUGCUGA